AUGGCUACAAAAGCAGAAUCGCUCAUUAAACGUACUAACGAAGUUGGACGUGGACAUUUUGGGAUAGUCCAUCGAGGACUUUAUAAUGGCUCUCAAGAAGUGGCUAUUAAAGAUAUUGCAGCAAAACUAUCUGCCGAUGCUCUAGUCGAAGCUAAUCUCCUGAAAACACUACAUCAUCCACAUAUUGUUCGUUUUAUUGACGUUAUUACCACGGCAAGUCAUACAUCAUUAAUCACAGAAUAUGUCGAUGGUGGUUCUCUUUCCGAUUACAUUGAGAAGACAAUACGACAGACGAUUAUUUAUUGGAAAACCGCUCGACAAAUAAUGCUCGAUGUCGCCUAUGGAAUGAGUUAUUUACAUGAAAAACGGGUAGUUCAUGCUGAUCUGAAAAGUUUCAACAUCUUGUUGCGACGUAAUAAGAGCGCAGUUAUUUGCGAUUUUGGUCUAGCUAAGACAAUAAUCAAUUCUAAAGCGCAAACAACAGGUGGUAUCGCAGGCACUAUAAGAUGGCUUGCUCCAGAACUUUGCUUUGAUCGUCCUGAACGACAUUCUUUUCCGUCGGAUGUCUGGGCAUUUGGAUGUAUUUUACUCGAACUGAUCACAAAGAAGAUACCUUGGGAAGUUCAGUAUCAAGUAGAAAUGGUCCUUCUAGUUACUUUAAGAGAGGCUAGCAGUGCUCAUAUUUUCCAAAAUAUUUGUCAAACUCAACGAGCUCCCGAAAAACUUCGUACUGCUCUUUGUCGAUGUUGCGCAUGGUCCAAAACUGAUCGACCUUCUUUUCCAGUUAUAGUUAGUGAAUUAGCUUCGAUCUCUGAAGAGGAUCUUCGAAACAUUAAUGAAGGGGGAGAAGAAGAAAACCCGAAGCCAUCAAAGUCAUCAAACAACCAAAAAUCCGUUACUGUUCGAAAGCACUCAACAAAAGGUACCAGCUCAAUUAGUAUCCAGAAAGCGCCAGAAACGUUCAUGACUACAAAUUCGAAUGAUAAUUCAACAAGUAAAGACGAGAACCACCAUGCAAUUGAGCAGAAAUCAAGCAUAAACCCGAAGCCACACAAAAAAUAUCCAUCUCAAAGGGAACAAGUAUCGACACAUGUUGAACAAACGAAGAGUGCUCGGGGACGUCAUCCAAAGACUUCGUCAUCAAGUGCAAGAUCGAAAAACAAUUCUGAUGGUGUUCAUCAUGUACAGAGUUUAUUCGAGCAUGUCGGAAUGGGUUGUUUUCCAGAAGCGAACUCUGACCUACUCGAAGUUGCCUUUGGAUUACGUCCAACAGGGAAACAACAUUGA